AUGGAUUACGACGAAAUAGGCUUCGAUGAUACUGAUGACAAUGCACAAGAUACAUCCAUUUUAAUGGCAUGCUUGCAGGGUAUGAAACAAUUCAACAAGUGGACGACACGUGCAUUUUCGCGGCCAUUCUUCAUACUAGAAAAUGUUCUCGAUAAUAUUCAGAGAUUUAUUGCUCUUCAUUCCGUGUCUUAUUCAUUUUGUAUGUGUACUACUAUAACUGUAGCACUUUCUGCUACAGCUGUUGGUGUCGGAGUCGGUGUUGGAAAUGGUACUGUUUGUAGUAAUGGAAACUGA